AUGUCCGGUUUUUCAUAUAUUGUUCUUUUUAUUCUUCAUAUAGGUGCUCAUUCUAUACUGGCUAUUGAGCAACAACCAUUUGAAUUAUCGACUGUAUCUGAACAAGAAUAUACUAUAACUAGUGUAGUUAUGCAAUCAGUGAUAUUACCUUGUAAAGCUAUUUUACUCAUUAUGGAACCUGAAAGAGUAAUGUGGUAUAAAAUAAUGAAUCAUGGUCAAUCAUCUUUAAGUGUUGGCAAAUAUUUAAUUACAAAAGAUCCACGUAUAAGUGUUGCUUAUUAUAGUUUUGAUCAUGGUCUUUCGCCUGCAAAAUGGGAUUUACAUAUAAGUGAUAUACAUUUAUCAGAUGCAGCUCGUUAUCAAUGUCAUGUUGUAGACAAAGAUGGUCGUAUUUCAGCUCGAUCGAAUGUUAAACUUAUUGUUGAAGACAUUAUUGUUAAUAUUCAACCAAGUGAUGUUCUUGUUUCUGUUGGUGAUAAAACAGAAUUUUAUUGUAAUUUUACUGGACAAUAUCGUGUACGACGUGAUAAAGUAACUUGGUUAAAAGAUGGUAAACCACUUCUAUCCGAUGUAAGUCAUAUAACAACAUCAACUGAAUUACCCAAUGUAACAGUAACUGUUUUACAUAUUGUUUCUUCUCGUCUAAGUGAUAGUGGUUCAUAUCGUUGUUCGGAUGGUCAUAGUGUACAAAGUAAAGAAGCAAAAUUAUAUUUACGUGAUGGUAAUUUAAAUCGAUCUCCUCAAUCAUUAUCAUCUUCAAGUUUUACUUUGAAAUUAUCAUUAGAUCGAACAAUUUUAUUUGUUUGUAUUUUUUUCAGUUUGAUUUUGUCUUUAAAAUAA